AUGCAGGCUGUGGCUGCCUUUGUGGAUGAUGUGCUGGCGAAUGUGUCGGCGAGAGCGGACCUUCAGGCCAAGCUCUCCACCGAUGCUGGUCUAGUCGCGCUGCUCAACAGCCAGUCAGUUGCUCAGUCCACUCUGGUUCAAUUAGCCUGUUACACGGCCGGUGUUGUACUGGGGGCCGACGCAGUGCAACAGCCCUCCACCAAUGCAACCGAAGUGGAGCUGAAUUGGUCGGCCACUUGCUGGGAGAUACCUUCUUGUGCCAUUCUUCCCCGCUCCGAUAGUGAGGUAUCCCAGACCUUGGUGAUCCUGGCCUUUUUCAAAGCCCCAUUUGCGGUUCGCAGCGGGGGUCAUUCCCCCAACCCGGGCUUUGCUGGGGUUGACCGACCUGGAAUUCUCAUCGACCUCCAGCGUCUGAACGAGAUAACGCUUAGUCCGGAUCAAUCAGUUCUCAGCCUGGGCCCCGGUGCGCGGUGGGGGGAGGUGUACCAGGCCUUGGACUCUACCGGCCUGACGGUCAUGGGGGGUCGCAUUGAGGACGUGGGAGUUGGAGGUUUGCUUCUCGGGGGCGGGUAUUUUCAUUUCUCGGGCCAGUAUGGCCUUGCGGCUGAUAAUGUGAAAAACUUUCAUAUUGUCCUGGCUGAUGGAACUAUUGCAAAUGCCAAUGCCACCCACAACAGCGAUUUAUUCUGGGGUCUUAAGGGUGGAGGCCCCAACUUCGGCAUCGUCACCCAAUUCGACCUUGAAACGAUAUCCUUACCGCAGAUCUGGUUCGAGGCUUCAAUCUACAGCCUCGACCAGGUGCCAGACUUGUUCGAUGCCUUUGCCACCUGGCAGCAGAAUGCAUCGGACUCCAAAUCCGCGGUCGCCCUCGUUGUGAGCCUGGAAUAUGCGGUGCUGGCACUGAUGUACACCGAGGGAGCGUCUACACGCCCGGCGAUUUUUGCGCCCUUCGAUAAUCUCACGGUAUUGGAAGUGGCUGUCGCAGCCACAAAUGGUACUGUUGGGGAACUGGUGGAGCUCAUGGGUUCCGACGGUGCACCCGCCUCCCAACCACGCCGAGACUACCGAUCUGCUAGCUCAAAAGUGGACGCAGAGCUUUACAAGGAGGUGUACAACUUCUGGCAACCGCUCGCGGCCCAGGUCUAUGAGUCUACUGGAGCCACGCAGACCUUUACUCUGCAACCUGUCUCGGCCAACCUCGCGGCGGUGGGAAACUCGAAGGGGGGCAACCCUCUAGGGCUGGCAGAAGCAAAUACCCAAUGGUGGACGACCUUGGUCUAUUGGGCCAAUGCUAGCGACGAUGAUGCCGUCCGCGCCGUCUCCAUUGCGACGGAGGCGAAAUGGAAAGAGCUGGGCGAAGCGCGCAACACGGGAGAUGACUUCCGGUACAUGAACGAUGCCUCCCGGGACCAGAAUCCGCUGGCGACGUAUGGCUCCGACAACCUGGAGGAGUUGAAGCGGAUUGCCCUGCGGUAUGAUCCGAAUGGGGUGUUUCAGACGCUUCAGAAUAAUGGGUUCCUCCUGUCCAAGGCGUGAUCGUGGGAAGGGUCCUUUUUCCGUGCAUCCACUCUUUCCUAUAGACACGACGUCCACACG